AUGCCAGAAACAUCCAACGCCUUGAUAGACCAGUUGGUGUACAUCGACAACUUCAUCAAUACCGCCGCCGAAGACACGCCGAACCUCGACGUGGAUAGCCAGUUGCUGCUUGACCUAGCAGCGUUUGCAGACGACUCGUUCGUCUUUCCUGACGAAGACAAGCCAAAACACGAAGACGACCUGAACGAACACGACGACACGCCGUUCCACCACGAGCUUGCCUCGGGUCUGGCGGCUUUCGAUACAAAUGGCGGCGACGACGACAAUGACGCGUGGUUCAGCCAGUCAGCAAGACAACACCGCCGGAGUUUCAAGGAUAAGGAUCCUCGCGGGCUUAGUGUGAACGAACGCACGAAACUAGCGAAAAGAAACCGUCUCCAGCAUCACAACAACCAUCCUGAAACGGCUACUCCUCCUACGCUCCCCAGUCAGGCAGCUCCACAACCUACAGCUUCCACAGGCCCCGCCGACGAUCAAAACAGCAACCUUCUAAGUGAACCUCAGCGGGACCUCUCAAAUCUCCCGAAGUUCCCGGUUCCUCCGGGCGCCAAGUCGUCGUUGGAGCAGGCUGGCCUCAGUCUGUACCAAAUCGACUUGCUUUCCGCAUUGAUCGCUCAGCACCAGGGCAACCUCACUCACGAUCUUGCAGACCCUUUCCAGAGCCAGCAUCGUCCUCUCCAAGGGCUAGAUAACAAUUCUCUUUUGGGAAUUGCCCCAACAAUGGCGUACCAGUCCAACGUGGGCACCCCAGGCUCUGUGGCCUCGGCCUUCAGCUCAGAAACCAGUUCAGCCCUCGCGACGCCCAGUAUGCUGAGCACGGGCGAUUAUGGCGAGGGCAGGUCCACGGAUAGAGGCACGGAAUUGGAUAAAAGAAAGAGAAACACAGCCGCCAGCGCCCGCUUCAGAAUCAAGAAGAAGAUGAAGGAGAAGGAGAUGGAGUCGAAGAUUCUGCUGCUACACGAUCUCAUCCAGAACUUUGAGGUGAAGAUUGGCGAGCUCGAGAUGGAGAACAGGCUUCUCAAGAAUCUCAUUAUCGAAAAGGGGAACCGCAACUCCGACGAGGAGCUUCUCUUGUUGAAGGAGAAGGCCAAGCGGGAGUAA